UCUAUCUAUCAAUUUUAAAAGGUGUCGUUAUUUCCAUACUCGGGCUAAGCCCAAAAUACUGUCAAGAAUUUUGGGCUUAGACCAACAAGAUCUUUGGUAAUUUCCAGCCCAAAUACUUCUGUAUCUUGAUUCAGAAUUAUGUCUUCAACAUAUCUUAUUUUUCUCUCUCCCACAGACACAGCUCCACUGUGAGAGUAUUGUAGCAGAGGUUUCUAUGGCGACAGUGCCGUCGAAGCAAAUCCUCCCACUGCUUUUCUUCAUUAUCAUCCUCUCUCUUUCCUGUCUCAUUCUAUUUUCUCUCACUUCAAGCCCGAAGGCCCAAAUCCAGACCCGAUUCCACCAAAUCCCCGGCCCAAACCCUGGCCCGAACUUCACAUUCAUCAUCAAAGUCCUCACCUUCAACCGGCUCUCAUCUCUCUCCCGGUGUCUCAACUCUCUCUCUAAGGCCCGCUACGAUGUCGGCGACAAAGUUCAUCUCCACAUAUUCAUCGACCAUUUCCAGCUAGAUCCCCAAAGAAAUGGCUCUGCAGAUUUGGACCAGAGGCUGAAACUCUCCAAGCAGAUCGUUGAUUUUGUCGAUGGCUUUGGUUGGGAAUUCGGGGAGAAGUUGGUACACUAUCGGACUUCCAAUGCCGGGCUUCAGGCCCAGUGGCUUGAGGCGUGGUGGCCCGCCUCGGAUCAUGAGUUUGCUUUUGUCGUUGAGGAUGAUCUGGAGGUUUCUCCUCUCUAUUAUAGGUUCCUGAAAGCUGUGAUAUUGAAUUAUUACUAUAAUGCAUCAAAUUUUAGUCCUUCCAUAUAUGGAGCGUCAUUGCAAAGGCCUAGAUUUGUGCCAGGUAAACAUGGAAACAAGAUGCACUUGGAUGGUGAAGCUCGGAUUUUUUUAUACCAGCUAGUUGGCACCUGGGGCCAGCUUCUCUUUCCAAGACCCUGGAAAGAGUUUCGUCUGUGGUAUGACACACAUAAAGCUAAAGGCAUGAGGCCUGUCUUGGAUGGAAUGGUGACAACUGGAUGGUACAAAAAGAUGGGUGAAAAAAUCUGGACCCCCUGGUUUAUUAAGUUCAUCCAUUCUCAUGGGUACUUCAAUAUCUAUACUAAUUUUCUUCACGAGAGGGCUCUUAGCAUCUCUCAUAGGGACGCUGGUGUAAAUUAUGGGAAAACAGCAGGGCCAGAUUCGUACUUACUGAAUGAAAACUCAAUUGAUUUCAACUUAGUGGAAACUUACCCUCUCAACAGUCUCAAGUGGUACGACUUUUGUUUUAGGCAAGUACUGACCAAUAGAAUCGUGAGGAGCUUGAAUGACUUUGAGUCCAUCAUUCCAUCUGUGCAGAAAAGUAACUCUGUGAUACUGUUGAGUGUUUACAGAAAGCCGGAAAUGAUUAUAAGGAAUAUUCUCUGCCACUUUGAGAAGCUGAAUAUACAGAACUAUAUCCUAAUCGGCCCAACUUCUGAUUUUCUUUACGAUGUUGCUAGAAGGGGAAAUCCAGUUAUCGAUGCAAGCGAGUUUUCUGACUUCAGUAAACUUGCCAAGUCCAUUAAUUUUCAAGAUUCUACUUUGGAGCUGAUCAAAGAGAUUUUAGUUAAGGCAUAUGCUACGAAAAAGAGUCUCGAACUAGGUUAUGAUACAUGGUUGCUAGAUGCAAACACAAUUCCUAUAAGUGGCAACUCAUUUCUCGAUUCCUUUGACCGUUCAAGUUUUCUUUAUCUUGGGAAGAGUACUAGACUUCUAUUUUUCAGGGGCUCAUCGUCUACGAUUUGGACCGACAAUUUCGUGUACAAUAUUGUUUCACUAGUGGACCCACUAAUUAAAGAUUCGGUUUCUCUUGACUCGAUUAUUUUCCAUGCGGUUGAGAAAUUACUAGAGAAGCAGAAUGUGAAAUUUAGCAAUGUCGAUGAUAUGCAGCUUGCUUUGGAUAUCAGCGUCGUCCGUCCUAACUUAACUUUUGUUGAGAUGAAAAGUAAAUUUAUUUUCUGGUCCUCCGAAGAAGAGUUGGAUAAACUGCGAGGGAAACUUGUAGAUUUAGACAUGUGGGUUGUGGACAGUGAUUUUUCAUGUACUGGUGUUUUCUGUCACCAGUCAUAGAGUUAGAUAUCGAUGUUCAUCUGCAUUGGGGUUGAUAUUCAUGGAAUAUUUGAAUAUUUUAUGAAUGAAUUGGCAUCAAUAGUGCACGGCUUUGUUGCGUAGACUGACUAUGAAAGCAUGCCAGGUGGAAGAUGGGCAGUGAGAUUAGUUUUCGAGUAGUGUUAAUGUCGGUGAUUGUUGAAGUUCAUUUUCUAUGGAUAAACAUUGGUGUUAAAGAGGCCACAGUUAAUGAAGGUGGUCUGAAAAGUUGGUGAGCUGAGAUUGCUUUCUUUUUAAAGGGCCUCAUAUCAUUUUUAUGGUUUGUUCUGGGACAUAAGUCAUGACUUCAUGAGGUGGUUUGGUUCCUUGGACUUUUUCACUGAAUCAACUUUCACUAACAAGAUUAUAUGGCAGCUGAUUACAUGAAAGCUUUUUGUAGUGCAUUAGUUGAAGAUUGUUCGAAGCCACCAUAGCGUUUGAGUUGGCAUCGGCAUUCUUUUUGAGUGUCGGUUGUAACGUGAAUCUUAGUUUAUUGAUAAUUUUUUUGUUGUGUUUAACAUAAGUUUUUUUGGUUAUAUAACUUGUAAUUGUUUGCGAAUUUAAUUAUUUCGUGAAUCUUAAUUUAUUGAUAAU